AUGAAGCUCCUUUUUCCUCUCUUUGCCAGCCUCAUGCUUCAGUAUCCGGUGAAAUCAGAAUUUUUGGCAGCGAAAAAAUGUUUGAUGGGCUUUGGGAAAUGCAAAGACAGCUGCCUCCCAGAGGAAACCCAGAUGCAGGACUGCAAAAAAAAAAAGUGCUGCAUGAGCCCCAAAGCGACAGAACUGAUUAAAAGCUACCUUCGACAAGAAAUACCCCACCUACCGGAUGAAGACGUAGUGGAAAUGAUGACGAUUGAAACGAAUCUCACAGGGGAGAUGCAGAGAAACCAACCCUUACUGUCACUCUCCCAAAUCCUGGCUGCCAAGAACCUUUUGCCCCAUACCAACUCUGCUAUCAGCCCAAAUGCUGUCCCCACAAAGUCCGUCAUCACCAGAACCAGGAGACGCCGAAUGGAUGAUACUGCUGCCACCGAGAGGCACACCAGACAGAGCAGGGAUUCCACCAAUGCUGCCCCUCAGCCCCAACCUGGACCACCUUAG